UGCUGCUGCUGAGAGGGGAGGGGCGCUGCGGGAGCGGCGGGACGGUGAGGACAGCUCCCUCUCCGGUUGUGCUUCCAGGUGAGCCCGGAAUCGUCCUCUCGUCUGACGACCACUGCUGCACCACCAGCCCGCGUCCCUUAUCUGGGCCUGUCACCGUGGCACCUCUCAGCAGGAGAGCGGAUUGGCUUGGACAGAGAAGCCGGGCUGCAGAAUGAAAGAAAACAUGUCCAAUAACAGUACCACCAGCAUCUCCCAGGCCCGGAAGGCUGUGGAGCAGCUGAAGAUGGAAGCCUGCAUGGACAGGGUGAAGGUGUCCCAGGCAGCAGCAGACCUCCUGGCAUACUGCGAAGCUCAUGUGCGGGAGGACCCCCUCAUCAUCCCAGUGCCCGCGUCAGAGAAUCCCUUCCGGGAGAAGAAGUUCUUCUGUACCAUCCUCUGAGGCCUUCAGUGAUGGACCACCUCCUUUUCUGUCUGUGGAACCCCCAUAAAGAUAGUGCAUGCUCUUGGACUAGGGAGCCCCCAUGGCAGGGCUCAGUUCAAUUUUCAUUGUAUCUGUCAUGGUAUUCAAUUGCUUUUUUUUUUUCUUUCAUUUUUGUUAUUUUCAUUCAUAGCAAAGAAAAUAGACAUUUUUGUGGCCAAAUAACUAUGUGCUAUGUAAAAAUAAGUAUGGGUUUAAGAGUUUACAGUUUUUAAAUGUCAAUUCUCAAGUUUAAGUACAUCAAGUUAAUCAAUGUUAGUGGAUAAUUUAUUGAGAUGAAAAAUUGUGCCCAAGUAGUCACAUUGACAGCAAUUCUGCACCCAGUGACAGCUUGGGGACCAGCCAAAGUGUGUAGAUAGGGUUCUGUCCAGCAGCUCUGAGAGUCCCCAUGUGUGACACUUCCAUCAUCCUGUGAAAAAGGAUUAGCCUGUAGGAUGGGAACAACACAGGGCCCUCUUGGGCUCCAGAAGGGUGGCCCCUACCCUGUAGGAACAGGCUACAGUGUCACAGCUUGAGGCUCUGAGCCUUGAUGCGUUAACCUGUUUAACCUUCCAA